UAAAGAUGUUGCGUUUUUUCCCCAACUUGCGAUUUUAUUGCAAAUCAGCGACAAAAACUGAGGUGCACCUAGUUAAACAACGAGUUGAAUUAAAUUUCAAGGAGCUGCAACAUCCCACAAAGGUACCACAAGUGCCCGUGCCCACUGCUUUUCCAGACACUACGGAAAGGGACUUGGAAAUUGAUACCAAAACAAUUCAGCUGCUGGAGCGGCUGUCGCUGGUGGACCUGGACAGUGCCGAAGCCUUGGCCACUCUCAAGAGCAGUAUACAAUUCGCAGACAAGAUUGCAAACAUCAAUACGGACAACGUGCGUCCGCUUUACACGGUACUGGAGUCCCAGCAGCUUCAAUUACGCAACGACGAAGUGACCGAAGGCGACUGUCGCGCUGAAGUGCUACGCAACGCCAAGAUCACCGACGAGGACUACUACGUCUCGCCCCCGGGCAACAUACCACUAGAGCAGACUGAAUCGCAGUUUGACAAAAACUAGCAACAAGCGCAGCAAAUAA